UUAUAUAAAAACCACCUCAAUAAAAUGUACGCCCAUCCACCACCAUCAUCGCCAUGUCCUUUUCUCGUCGUUCUCAAUCUCCUCCUCCUCCGAUGCCUUCCCCUGAGCUCGUACCAACUCCUUUACCCUCACCACCCCCCAUUCAUCGAAUCUCUCGUUUGACCAUUCCUGCAAACAAUUCCCCUCCAAUUCCCCCUCGCCUUAUAGGCUCGCCACUUUUGCAGAAUACUCUAAACGCGUCCAGGUCAUAUGACCGCUUAGACAGAAAGGCAAAGGAGGGUCUCUUUGGUGAAGACGAUGAUUUCGGCGCUCGUAAACGUGCUUUGGGAAGGAGAAGUAACUCAUCAUUAUCAUCACUCCCUAUUUCAUCAUCCAACUCUCCUUCUCCAACUCGCACUACAAGGUGCAGCUUCGGUCAUUCAUUAACCCGUUAUCGCUCCCCGCCACCUAGCCCUACCAUCGCGUCUCCGCCACCGCCAGUUCCUCCUAUCCCAACAUUCAUGCUCAGCCCGACCGACAAGAGGUCCGUCGUGCGGUCAAUACCUAAUAAACGAGCCACUGCUCCCGCACACCUCCCUGUCUUUGACCUCUCCAGGUCACGCUGUGAAUCAUCUCCUCAGGCUCCUGGCGCAGUCACCUGCAUGCAGUUUUUCACCAUGCAUAAUACUCCUCGCAGAGACUGCCGAGUCUGACCGUGCACGACGCAUGACCGCAUCACCGAGCUUCUAUCUUGAUGAACCUUAAAUAAGGCUGCACCAGCUGCGUCUUGUGCCAUCAUUGUACACACAACUUAACAUCAUUGGGACGACACCGCUUGCCAACGACCUUCCUUGCACAUAUCCGUAUAUUCUUUCUUUAAUAUUUAUUCUUCUUUUAUGCUCACCACCCGCGCCUUAAUGCGCCCGAUGCACCUUUUUCGUUCUUUCUAGUAUACAGCCCCACGCUCACUUUUGUAAUACUCACAAAACGUACUUACUAUACGCUCAUCAGUACCACUCACUACAACCAGUACCAUAAUAUGUUCUCGACCGUGUUCCAACACUCGUAAUGCUUACUGCUACAAAUAUCAAACUGUGUUUGAAGUUCCCCUAAUCCGAAGGUCUCGGGAAAC